AAAAUGUCCUCCUAUCAAACUAAUUGUCUAAAUAUCAGCAAAGCAUGGUCUGAUAAAAGAGAAAUUAACAUCAGGGAUCGAACAAUUCGUUUUUAUCAUGGAUGGAUGACUCUUCCAUUUACAAUUAUUGCUAUACCUUUAACUUUGCUUUUUAUAACUGCCAACAUUCGUGCAAUUAAAGCCCACAGAGUCAGCAGAAAAUUUCAUGUUCUUUUGGUGAAUAGAGCAAUUGGGGAUUUGUCGGCAAUUAUUUGUUCUCUUAUUUCGAUUAUUUAUGUUUUGGCUGUUGAACAUAUAAAUCCUUCUUGGCUAACAUUAUUAAAUACUUUAUUUACUGCUUGUUUUUGGUCUGGAUUAGUUACAUAUACAUCUAUUGGUUUAUUGAAAUUAUAUGGAAUUGCAGAACCUCUUAAAUACAAGAAAAAAGUAACUAUGGAAAGAUGUGUUUCUCUAAUCAAAAUCAGUUGGCUAGUUUUUAUUUUAAUUUUUGGAGCAACAAUGGGAUUUACAAUACUUGUAAAAAUAGAAAUACUUGCUGAAUUAACUGGCUGCAAAGUAGAGAAUUGUUUAACUUACAUGUAUAAAGUUAGGAAUGUUUUAACCCUUUUAUUAUAUUUUACUACAAUUUUAACUUUUAUUAUUUCGGUUUUUUUAAUAAAAAAAGCCAAGGAAAGGGCAAAAACUUUAAAUGCAGACAACACAAGUAGACAACAAAGAAGUGUUCGGAAACGGUUUAAAUUUCCAAUGAUUAAGUUAACAUUGGGUGUAACAACAUUUACAAUUUUUCAUUUUCCCUAUGCAAUUUGGAAUGUUGCUUUAACAUUUGCCGAUGGAUGUUAUUUUGUUUUACAUUAUAAUAAAAUGCAGUCUUUGUUGGGAAUUAUUAGAUCUAUUGUUCUUUUAAGAAUUAUUGUUGAUUCUUUUUUGGGAUUUUUUAUGGACAAAGAGAUUCGGCACCAAUUAUUUACUUUAUUACACCUUCACCGUAUAGGGAUAACUACUUCAGAAUUAUUUAGUCCAACCACAACAGUUAAAUUAUCCACAACAACAAAUUCAAUAAUAAUCUCCUCAGAAUCAACCCCUGACAGUUUCGACACAGUAACAAAUUUGGACGAAAAAUUAAAAUCAUAA